GCGGCUUCUGUGAGUACCUCCUACUUACGUACCCUACCUACCUGCCGGUAGGUUCGGACUUCGGUCUUCUUCUUGGGGCCGACACUUUCGAGAGGAAGAGAGGAGGAGAGGCAUCAAUCACCACCUGCAGCUGAGGAUUAGCGGGGGGGCAAAAUUUCGUGGAGCUGUAGCCGCAGUGUAUAUGAUACCGGUAGCUGGCCAGCCGUGUGGCGUACCCGCAUCGGGGCUAUUGUCAAGGGCCCUUACCCAGAACAACGUGGACUGGAGCUGCGCACUUCAGGUUUCUAGUGCUCGGUCCGGUCUGGAAGGGCCACAAGUUUGAGAUGUCGUGAAGAAGUGCAUGAUCUAUACUGAUUCUAUAGUUCAUCUCAACUGUGUCUCGUCUCGUAUCUGGAGGGCAACAACCCGUCUACUGUUUUGUUCAAUCCUAUAUCUUUAACAAGUAGACUGUUCAUCUUAGUACUCUAUAGCCCAGCAGAUCCGUGGCCGUAGCUUUGUUUAUAGUUGUGUCAUAGAUGUCCGCUUCCGUGUCAGAUCUGCCAUCCCCCUAUAGUUUAUCUAUACCCCUACGUGUCAGAUCUGCAAUCCCCCAAUAGUUCGUCUAUUCUGCUCUGUAGUUCGUCCAAGCAAUAGGGAAGUCCUUUUUUUUUUUUUUUUUUUUUUCUAACUUAUCUUAGCGAAUUUAUGUGAUCUCUAGGCCUCAUCGGAUCUUUGAUGCGCCAUUAGUUCUAUUUAUUGCCCUUGCCCUUUUUAGCUCAUUCGAGUACAGUAACUUUGUUGGUAUCGUUGGUAUCUUAGCCUGUAGUCGAUCUUAUCUAACUAUAGCCAACUACAGAUCAUCUAUCAUUGCCUUCGUCCUGUAGCUUUAGUCGAGUGCUAUUAGGAUGGUCGAAUCUCUGUCAGGAGGACUCUGAGAGCACCCACCCAAGUUAGCUUUGGCCAAGUGCUAUUACAUUAUUAGGUCAGUCGAAUCUCUGCAGGAGUCGGGAGCAUACCCUCAAGUGAGGGAGGGAGGGACUUAGUCGUUCAGACUCUCUUUCUGUGUGAUUCUUGAGGUGGAACUGCCUUCAGCCAUGGAGAUAAGGACAUUGAGACUGAGUUCGUUGCUGAGGGCGGUCGUCUUAAUCUGCAUGUUGUUAUGCUCGGGCGCUCCUGUAAGCGAUGCUCGGUGGAGGAAGUGGAUCGGUCGAGUGUGCAACCCCUUCACGUCGGCGUAUGGCCCUUGGCUUAGUGGAAAAGCCACAUUUUACUCUGGGGGAGAUCAAGGCAAUGCUUGUGGCUAUGGCCGUCUGACAGGUGCCAUCUUUGGGAGGAACUUCGCUGCCGUCUCACCUAGAAUAUAUCUCGGCGGGCUGGCGUGUGGCAUGUGCCUUGAAGUGAAAUGCGUUGGUCAUCCGGGUUGUAGGAGGGGUGUUGCACGCGUCACAGUCACCGACUUGUGCCCGGCAAGACCGCCCAAUAUGGCCUUUUGCGCGGGAGGCAAGCUUCACCUGGAUCUUGGCCGUGACGUUUUCCCAGUGAUAUGCAACCCCAGGGUGGGUGUGGCACCCAUCAGGUUCCGUGCAGUGCCGUGUGCUAGAUACCGGACUCUUAACAUCAUCCUCAAUGGGAAUCGGUACGGAUAUAUGGCCAUUGUUGUUAUGAGUAUUCCUGGAAGCGGGCGAGUUAUCAGAAUGGAUGUUCGUGGGCGAGGAGGCAGAAAUUGGGAGCCAUUGAGAAGGGACUGGGGUGCCACCUUCAUGAGGACUGGGCGUCCCCUCCGCUACCCAGUCUCCAUCCGCGUUUCCAUUCUUGGAAAGCUCUGUCGGCUCAUCGCACGGAAUUGCAUCAAGGGCCAGUUCUUCAAUGGAAGGAAGCUGUCUUGCAGCUAUUCAGCAUCAAUCUGAUCCUGAAUUUGCUCACAAGAGCGAGAGAGAAGAGGGGUCUGGUAGAAGGUGUGGGGUGUACGAGGGAAGAGAACUGCAGAAGUAGAUCGCAUUCCUGAACACACACACACACACACACACACACACACACACACACACACAGAGAGAGAGAGAGAGAGAGAGAGAGAGAGAGAGCACUGGCUGAAGGAUGCAAAGACGGGCACAGAUAAGACAGCGAUGCGGCGUACACCAGGUAGUUAUCUGUACUUUUACAGUGAUAAGUAGAUAACCAAUGGGACUGCAUAGAUGAUAAGUAGAUAGCCAAUGGGACUGCAUAGAUGAGAGCGUAUGAAACUGGUAGUUAUUUGUCCUUUUGUGAGCUUUUCGAAGUCUUAAGUUUGCUCUUUAAGUGAACUGAACGGAAAGCGCUGACAGGAACGUAGCAGUCAAGACUGCUCUUUCCUUCCCGUACGUCGUCUUCCUUCCUCGGGAGGAAUUUCAGCUCAAAAUUUUGACAAAUUUUGACAUGCUGUAUAGCUUCAGUGUCUCCAUUUGAGAUAGUAGUGUACACUAGUUAGGGUUUUCUGGUGAUCGUUUUCGCUUUUGGCUCUCACGAAGAUGUUGAUAGCCGACAAUCUUGAUUUGUAAAGUCAUGGCUUGCUCUGUCCCUAAGGUGGCAGUGUACCAUAGCAACACGACACUUAGUAGCGAGGUAUUACUGUAUUGGAGAACUGGGAUAUACAUCGGAACUGGAGCAACACGACACUUAGUACCCCCAACCGUAUUGAAGCCCAGUUCUCUUGGAACACGGAACUGGAGCAGAACGGCAGAAAUGUAUUUAUAUUGAAGAGGCUACAGAAGAAUAAAUCGCAGCUAUCGCACCUAGUAAUGCACAUUCACUGGGAUAUACGGCUCUCACACUUACGCCCAUGAUAUUUUUAAACCGUUGUAGUACUGUACCUUUCCGUUCCAAUUUUGGAAGGCAGCUUCUGCUUUUUGUAGCCAUUAUUAACACAGUCAUCUACUGGUCAAUCUGGGCUGAUAAAUUCAAUCGACAGACCGUUUUUGCUUUCGGCCCUCUUUUUGAGCCUGCGGCCGAUGUACGGGAAAGGUACUGGUGGUUUAGUUUAGUCACAAGAGGGCUACUCGGGACUUUCACAAUACAGCCUGUCACCUCGAGAGUGUUAUUUCGACAUAGGGUGUCACCUCACCUCAAGAGUGUUAUUUUUCUAGAUAGGGUGCUAACUGUUUGAGCUCACAUUCUGAUUGACGGCUAGUUGAGGGCUUCUUGCUUCUAACGAUUGGGUUUUUACCAUACGAACUGCUGUUGUAAUUAGAGGGCUUGGGCUUCUGGCCUCUUUGAGCGGUACUACUGGCCACUUUUGAGGGCAUGGUCUGUGUUGAUGCGAAGGCAGUCUGGAAUUAUACCCAUACCAUAUUUUUAUAAGUGCGCGAGGAGCAGAGGUUUAUGUAGUGUGUGGUGCAUGUUAGUUCAGGACUUGGGUCUCUCAGUUGAAAAUAUUAUGUUAUGUUUAUUUGAGGGGAAAAAAGGCCAGGUGCAGCCAGGGGAGGUUCAGGGCAACUUGUGAAGUCUCUGAGUUCAAAAAUGUAUAUGUAUGUGUUCUGAGUUUAAGGCCAGGUGCAGCCAGGGGGAGCUUCAGUGCGACUUGCAAAGCUGAUUUAGUUUUUGUUGGAGUGCGAGCUGAAAUAUUCAAGGCCGUGCAUUUCGGUGUGUACGUAGUUUGGAACCUUCCUUCUUCCAGUCUUUUGGGUCUCGCUGCACUCCUCUCGGAGUGUGCAAAACGAGAGUGAAUCUUCGCUAGAAACAUGGCGAGAUAUUAUGAUUUUUUGUCUGUUGUGCACGUCGAGAGUAGUGCAGCGAUGCCCUUUGCCUGGCGAAGUAGCUAGUGCUUUCCAAAUUCAUUACCAGGUCUCUUUGAGAGUUAGGCAGGUACUAUGGGUCCUUUUGACUUGCAGUGAAAAGUCGUCCGAUGGCAUCUCGCAUCUCGCUGCUGAGUCGGAGUAGAGUAUUGGAGGACGUGCACUCUGCAUGAUAGAAAAAAAAAGGGAGCAGAAAAGCCGAAACCAAUGGGCCUAGCUCACAGUGAAGACGGUAGUUGCUUUGCAUGAUGAACCCUCGGUAUGUAUGGAACUGAUCAUAGCAUGUGGAUAAAGCAUACUCCACAGA